CUUCUUCUUCUUCUUCUUUUCUUCCAUUCAUCCCCGUUCCCCUGGUCCCUGUACUCCCCUGGAUACCUCCGUCACCCAAGCUUUGUCCUACCUGACAAGACUCGGUACGACCUCAACUAUACAUUCCUGAGCUCAACCAAUUGCCUAUCUAUUUAUCCUCGGUCAUCUCGUUCCCGUUUUUCAAUCCAUCUCCAAUCCAUCUUCUGUCACUCCAGUUUCAAUCUUCCCACAUUCACAUCAUGGCUGCUCCUCGAUCAUCGUCAUUGCGUGCUUUGCGCCUGCUGUCUCAGCAGCACACUGCCACUCCCAGCAUCCGCCGAGGGUUACACAUCACCGGCGCCAACUCGGCCCAGCCGGCCAAUGUCUCGGACAAGAGCACUUUGUAUGCUGCUCGCAGUCUCCCCGAUCUCAAGAGCGAGUGCCAGAAACGGUCCUUGAGAGCCAACGGCAGCCAUCCCGAGCUCGUCGAACGUCUUGCCAACCAUGACUUCCUUCAGUCGCGGGCCUUCAGCAUCGCCAUGCGGAGAAUUAACGGCAGCUCCACUUCCGAGAAAGCCUCGGGUCGUCAGUUUAACACGUCUCGGGCCCAGAAGGCCGUAAAUGACUCAUCGACCGUGGACUUUGCCUACCUGCCGUCCCUGUCGGACAUCGACCCCCCGGCACCUCGCGCUGAUCUGCGCAUCCCGGUCCUUCCCGACGCCUACAACCACCACGAGACUGGCACCCAGGCCACUAGCUCGCCGAUGAAGCCCCAGGUCUACACGGUUUCCGGGGAGGGGGCCGACGUCUCCGUCAGUCCGAUGACGGAGGUCGUGGACAACCACUCGGUGGAUAUCGACCCGUUCUCCCUGACGGAGGCGGUUGGCAAGUCGCGCUUCGAGGCGCAGCUGCAACAACAGAAGGCGGCGUCCGGUGAGCCCGGCGUCGUCCGCGAACUGUGGACGGGGAUGUGGGAGGAUAUCUUCCGUCCCAGUCAGUCGAGUCAUCAAACUAAACAGUGAUUCGAGCUGGUCUUGUUGAUUUCCAUUAGCGAUAUAGUAUUACUUCAAUGUCCGGGGUGACUUGGUUUCAUAAUUUUACUCUACGGAGCUAUAUGUCCGGGAACAUAUUUGGCAUCUACAAUUGAUGAUUUGAGUUGUUUCAAGGGUUUGAACUGUUAGUCUGUACACACGGUAACCGG